UCUUGUAAAGACUCAAAAUUCCCCACUACGUCACUUCCGAUGUACGCCGGAACCUGAAAAGAUCACAUGGCCUUUGUUUAUGUUCCCGAACUGCGGUGUGCCUUGUUGCAGAUAAAUUCAGGCUUGAUUUUGGAAACAUUAUAAUUUUAAGUGAUGGACCCAAACACCCCAGCUGACAUACAGGAUGUCUGCAGCGGCAACCAGGGUCGUGACGUCACUUCGUUUGUAUCAGUGUGUCCAAGUGGCCUCUGGGGUGUUCAACAAACCUUGAUGCGCAAAACAAGACAGGAUCAACACACUUACAGUGUCAACAAUGCCUCCUCUCUUUCUGUAGCAGGGUCCUCUGAUGACUUCCCGAAGAUGGGUUCGUUGUGUAGGGUUCGAGUGAGCCUUAAAGAAGACCCUGAGGGGCUUUCCUCUGAGUCGGACGUUCCUGCUGAGCCGUCCCAGGAGGAACCCAUCCCCUACCCGCGCUCCAACAGCUCAGCGCUGCAGGUCCCGCUCGGUGAUUGGACCACACUGAGACUAGGGGAGGGGCAAUGCGAUGUCACAGAGGCAUGCAUCGAGAGGAUGAGAGCUCAGGAGACAUGUGAGAUACUACUGUCGCCGGUGGGAGGUGUCCCGGGAGCCUCCUCCAUCCAACCCCCCGCAGAGGAUCAAGAGAUGUCCACCGUCUCUGUUGAACUGCACUCUUUCACGCCGGGGAAGGACACCUGGGAGAUGUCCACCGGCGAGAAGCUGGACUGGGUGCGGUUCCACAAGGAGAGAGGCGGAGCCCGGUUCAGGAGCGGCGAGGACCUUUGGGGGGCGGCGGACAGCUACAGCCGCGCCCUGAAGCUGCUCAUCACCCUUUACGCUCUCGGGAGAAAGAAGGUGGACGCUGAGGACUGCGAGUGUCCACAGACGCCGCCCGAUGUUGACCCUCCACUCUUGCUAUCGGCCAGUGAAUAUAUGACCCUCAAGGCAGAGCUCCACUCCAACCUGUCCUUGUGCCAGCUCAAGCUGGGCCAACCGGAGAAGGCCAGGGCCAACGCCGCCAAGGCCACCAAGCUGGAGCCCGGCGGUCCUAAGGCCUGGUACCGACUGGGCCAGGCCUGCCAACAGGUGAAUGAGUUGGGGGAAGCCAGACAGGCCUUCAGGAGACUGCUGGAGCUACAGCCAGAGUCUCCCGCGGCCCUCAAAGCUCUGAAAGAGUUGGCGAGCAGGGAGAAGGAGACUAACACACAGUUGGCACAGAGACUGAGCAAGAUGUUUAGCUGAAGAUCGGGAAAGAGACAUUUGAUAAGCCUACAUAGAAUCUAAAGUUUUUUUUUUUUUCCGUGUUACCGAAAAAAGCUGCAUACUGCUUUUGUCGGGUUCCCUCAAAGUCUUAACAUGGAUCUUCUGUAGUCAAUGCACAGAAUGUGACUUAAAGAAAGAGAAUUGUACGCACACUAGAAUGUAGAUCACUACCCACUUGUAGUCCUUCAUUUGCGACAAAUCUUUAAUUUAUCUGUAUAUAGUCAAAUAAAAUUGUAAUGUUAAUGUUUUCUACUAUGCUACAUGUGGUCGGACUCAAUUGUAACUGAUUGCAAUGGAAAAUAAAAUGUUAUAUUUGUUGCUUACCCUUUUGUGCUAAGACCUGCAUAUUGUUUAUUAAACUGUCUUAUAAGGCAUCUCAUCUCAUGUGCUUACUGUGGUAGUUGUGUGCAGUU